UCUUAUUCAUGUGCAACUCCCCUUUGAAGUGAAAAGGACAGUGUCUGUGACCGACAAAGAAUCUUCACAAAGAAAAGUCUAGAAGCAAUCAUGAAGAACCACGCGGUAGAUCUAGCUACAAGGUUCAACAGGCGUGUCGCAACCUCCUCCAUUGGCCGGUUCUUCAGGCUACAAGGCAGUAGACACAGUAGAGAGAUCGACGGGACGACAUUCUUGAAAGAAGUUCGUGCUGGGGCGACGACUUUUGCGGCUAUGACGUAUAUCAUUGCUGUUAAUGCUUCGAUUCUUUCGCACACGGGUGGGCCUUGUGUUUGCGAUGAGAAAAAUAGGAUUGAUUGUGAUAAGAUUGAUAGUUAUGCGAUAUGUAAAGAGGAGGUGAGGCGAGAUCUCGUCACGGCUACGUCGGCCAUCGCUGGACUCGCAAGUCUUGUCUUUGGUCUCUUCACCAACCUUCCUAUAGCCCUUGCACCAGGCAUGGGCCUCAACGCCUACUUCGCCUUCCAAGUAGUAGGCUACAAUGGCUCAGGCAGUAUUCCCUACGGCGUCGCCUUAACAGCAGUCUUCACCGAAGGUCUCAUCUUUGUAUUCCUUGCACUAACAGGUAUGCGACAAUGGCUCGUCAAACUGAUACCGUCAACCAUAAAAUCUGCAACUGGAGCUGGUAUUGGUCUUUUUCUGACUGAGAUCGGCUUGUCUUACGGAUCUGGUAUUGGUGCUAUCACUGGGGGUUAUAACGCAACGCCUUUGGCUAUUGCUGGAUGCCCUGUUGAUAUGAUCAAUCCGGAUACUCAGAUGUGUGAGGGCGGGAUAAUGACUAGUCCGAAGCUAUGGACUGCUAUUGUUGCUGGUGGUCUACUGACGACGUAUCUCAUGGCUUUCCGAGUCAAAUACGCUUUCGUAAUUGGUAUCGCAUUUGUUUCAAUCCUCUCAUGGCCACGAGAUACUGCCGUUACAUAUUUCCCUCACACACCAGAAGGAGACUCUCGUUUCGAGCUCUUCCGCAAAGUGGUCUCUAUUAACCCCAUGAAACAUACCCUCAAUGCUCUAGACUGGGACGUCGGUCAACAUGGUACUCAAUUUGCCCUUGCGCUUUUCACAUUUCUCUAUGUCGAUAUCAUUGAUGCAACAGCGACAAUGUUCUCCAUGGUCCGCUUCUGCGGUGUUGUAAAUGAUCGAGAUGGAGACUUCCCUCGAUCAACUCUAGCAUACUGCUGUGAUGCAAUCAGUAUUUCCAUCAGUGCCCUCUUCGGUUGUUCACCUGUUACAGCCUUUAUCGAGAGCGGUGCUGGUAUUGCUGAGGGAGGACGCACGGGACUCACAGCUAUGACCACUGGUUUCUUAUUUCUUUUGUCAAUCAUGUUUGGGCCCAUCUUUUCAUCUGUGCCGCCGUGGGCAACUGGCCCUGCUCUCAUUCUUGUUGGAUGCAUGAUGACCCGUCAGAUCACAGAGAUCAACUGGCGCUACAUAGGCGACACCCUUCCCUCAUUUGUCGUCAUCGCCUUCGUCCCGUUCUCAUACAGCGUAGCCUACGGCAUCAUCGCCGGCAUGUUAUUAUACACAGCCAUCAACCUCAUGAUCGCUUUAACAGUUCGUCUUUCAGACGGUAGACUAGAACCAGAUAACUACGACAUGAAAGAAUAUUGGACCUGGAAAGCGCCAGGAAGAAAGCCAUGGUUUGUACGAGCUUUUAGAAACGCUACUUAUUCUGCACAGGACGUGCAUGAGUCUAGUCCUCAGACCUUUAAUACUCACGGUGGCUUGGACUGUGAGAUGGUGAGGGUUGCGUCGUCAGAUGAGAGGAAGGAUGAUGCGCAUGUGUCGGUUUCUGUGCCUUUGCCUACGCUUCCUAGAUUCUCUCGUUGAGUCAUUCAUGGCUUCUCGAUUACCUGGCUGGCUUUCGUUCACGCCGUUGGGAUUAUAUAUUGUUCGAUUCUUGUACAUAUUUAUUAGUUCACCUAAACUCUACGUAUUACUGCAUCAGAGAAGUAUCAAUUAUUUGUUUACC